AUGGACGGCAGGAGUAACAUGAGUUCCGUAUCGGAACCCGUGUCGGUCGACGACCUUGAGGCUAUCCUGCGAGAUUGGAACAUCGAAGAUGGGGACCAGGUAAUAAGAUUAUGCUGGCAGCUUGUUCAUGUACUAGUAAAAAAGAUUGCGACUAUAAUAUUCUUGGUUGUACAUGGUUGCACAACAGUUUAAGAUGGGAUUUUAACACUUCAUAGCUUGAUCACGUUCACGCAUCGUUCAUGAUCGACCUACAGGUCCUUUCGGUAAGCAGUUCUCGGGGCGGCGCAGUGGCAGCCGCCGCGGCCGCCCUCCAUUCGGACGAGGAGGGCGGGACGGGUGCAAUCGAUGUGGAUAGUUGGACGAGCGAGUUGAUGGGCCAGCUGUCAAAUUGUCAAAAUGACCACACCAUGGCCACAGAAGCGAUCAAGCAAUUCCUCAGGGCCUUCGAGACACAGGCGACAAACGCGGCAACCACUCGCAGCAAAAGUUUGGCGAACGCCAAUCGGAUUUUGCUAAAAACCCUGCAGCGAAUACACCACAACCACAAACAAGUCACCAACAGUCUGCCGCAGCUGCAAAAGCAGGUAAGUCGUAUUAAGUACCAGAGGAACGAUCCUUGCGCUGUGGGAAAAUCUUUACAGAAUUUGAAUUGCUGCUAGUACGUCAUCAAUUUUCUAGAGCAUGUGCGAAAAUUAUCAAACAAGGUUGACAGAGGAAAUCCACUUGCUGCACGAAUGUAUUGGGCACCAGGGUGUACAUGAAAUGUCAAUUCGAAGAUGCUCAUGCUGCUGGUGGUGCAACAGCAGCUGUAGAAGUGGCAUUACCACAAGCACAACUACAUCACAAAAUAUCAGCGAUUCCAAUCAAUCACAAUUAUGAAUUAUCCUUCGCUCCACAUAAAGAACGAAACAUCUAAAUUUUACUUCAGGUCGAAGAGCAACGGACACGAGCAGAAGUCGCAGAGAGCAGGUGCAAGGUGCUCGAGCUUCACCUGCAGCGAGCCAUGUCCAUGAGUGACACGCACCACCAAACAAGAUUUGACAUUUAGCGCCGACUGCUGCUCUCCACGACCUGAAGACGCUCCUUCUGUUUCACCCUUGUUUUCUGCACACGAACUACUGCUCGCAGUGAUUUAUCCCCUGCCCUCCGGCACGCAGUUCUUGCAGUUUAAUAUCGUCCCUGGCAGUCGCGAAACUAGUGAUAUUCUACCGUCGCCGCACAAAUAAAGAGGGCACGUAGAAGGAAAUAUUGUAGGACUACGAGUUCCUCGUCCUCGACGAGGAGGGAGGAUGAGAAAAGAGAAGUGCAAAAAAUCGUUACCAAGAUUUUGCGAACAGGAACAGGACCUCUCGUAGUUGACGUACAGGCAAAGGUUCCAUCUCCGGCGUCGACACCGGCUCGACUGAAUGUUUCUGCGCAGAAUUUUUAAUGGGAACUAGAACUGCAACUCCGAAAAACGAAAACGGCAAACAAAUUCAAAUCGUUUCCAUCGUCCGAAUGUACUUGUACAGGAACAGGCACCAGGCCAUGACGGAGCGGGCAGAAUCGGACGGCGACAGUUGCGCGAAUAAUUUUUACCACCUCAUCAACCGCGGCCAAGACCGACAAGGAAGUCCAGUGCGCUGAGUUGUGUGCCGAAAAUGCACAAAAACGAAACAACCACAGCAGCACAUCAGCGAAGAGGGGACGAAAGAAACUCGGACAAGAAGCCCUUUCGGCCUUUUCGCGCGUCUGGCGCCUUUUCACGCGGGCGGCCAGUGCACAGUUUUCCACAACACAACAGGAUUUUUAGUUGGUGUUGUCGAAGAACUUUCAUUUGGGCCAGAAUAGCAAUCUGAAUCUUCCGUGUUGCCUUUUUGGACCACUAGAGUUUUCAGUUCCGAGUCUGCGACCACCUUGCAGCUCCUUUAUGAAGAGUGCUUUUUGUCAUCAACAUCAUUUGUCAUGAGGUGUCAUUUUCUUGAUUGACCAAGAGCUAGCUAACCAAGUUUUCUGCUUCUGAAUCUUCCACAUGUUUUUUACUGGACGGUUAUGUAGUAAAACGAACACGAAGAUGAACACGCUGGCUGCCCUCCUCAAUGUUAAGUAGCGGAGACGAGCUCGCCAACGAAUUUUCAACACAACAAGUAGCGACGGACGUCGACCUCUUUCUCACCUGUUAAAAUACUUUCAACAAGCUGCAAGAGUAAGAAAGAGCUUUGAAGUGCAAGGAACGAUUUCCACCGGAUUGUCUAGAGCUCGCGUGAGCUGUGCUGUUGUCAUACGAAAAGAGAAGUACCCCGAUUCCACGUUGCAUUCAAGCUUUCAACAAAAAAAACGCAAAAUUGUGUUGUACAUUCAGGAGCAGCGAAUGCCCAU